AUGAUCAAGAUGAUGAAGCCUGGUUUCUUAAUUUUGGCCAGCUUUUGCUUGCUGGCCCAGGCGGCGCAUUUACCCGCCGACAAGAGUUACCUCGUUAAACAGAAGAACAUCUACGAGCUGUUCUGGCACGUCGAUCAGCCAACCAUCUUCCACUCCGAGCUCAAUCAGAAGUCGCGAACCUUCGACAUCGUCGCAAAUGUCGACAACUACAAUGACAGGGAAGCCGUGAACGAGUUCGUGCAGCUUCUGAAAACUGACAUGCUGCCACGUGGUCAAGUGUUCUCCAGCAUGGACCCCCAAGUACAACGACAAACAGUUGUGCUUUUCCGCGUUCUGUACAGCGCUAAGGACUUCGAGAUGUUCUAUAACACUGCAGUUUGGGCAAGAUUCCACGUGAACGAACUGAUGUACGUGUAUGCAUUGAGCGCUGCCGUGAUCCAACGUCCUGACACCAAAUUCAUCAAGCUGCCGCCAUUGUACGAGGUGCUGCCACACUUCUUCUUCAACGAGGAAGUCAUGCAGAAAGCAUACAACAUCGCCAUGGGAGAUAACGCUGACGUUAAGAAGAACGUGGGUGGUAUCGAGUACCAUGUGAUUCCAACAAACUACAGCGGUUGGUACGUGAGCAGAGAAAACGAUCCGGAGCAGAGAAUGACUUAUUACACUGAGGACAUUGGUCUGAACUCUUUGUACUUCUUGAUCAACCACCAUAUCCCACCUUUCAUGCCCACUACGACACCCACUCUGCAAUCGCAAACUCGUGGUGAAUACUACUUCUUCAUCCACAAGCAAUUGCUGGCAAGAUACCACCUUGAAAGACUUGCUAAUGAUCUGGGCGAAGUUAAUUACGUGGACAUAGAUAGACCCAUACCGACUGGAUAUUACCCCACUAUGCACUUCCGUAACGGACUUCCAUUCCCUCAAAGAGAAACCGGCGCUCUCAUCCCACUUAGUAUGAUGAAAUAUAUUCUGAUGAUCAAGGACCACCACCAUAGAAUCUCAACCUCGAUAGAUCUCGGCUACGUAGUGGACAACACAGGCAAACACAUUAAUAUCUACAAAGAAAGAAACGGAUUGAACGUUCUUGGUAACAUUGUCCAAGGUAACGCAGACACGGUGAACAAACAAUUCUACGGACAGAUAGACCUGAACUUGAGGAAAGUGUUAGGAUUCGGUCUGGAAACGAACGUCAAAUACCAAGUUGUACCGUCCGCCCUCCAAAUCUUCUGCACCAGCAUGAGGGACCCUGUCUUCUACAGCAUGUACAAAAAUAUUCUCACCUACUACAACAGAUACAAGGAGAACCUCCCCAGAUACACCACAGAAGAGUUGUCCUUCCCUGGCGUGCGCAUCGAGUCCGUGACCGUGGAUAAACUGAUCACCUACUUCGACAACUUUGAAUCCAUGCUGAACAAUGGAGUGUCCAUUCGAAGCCACAAAGAAGCCAAGAAUAUCGUGAUCAAGUCUCGCCAAUCCCGUCUGACCCACAAGCCAUUCACUUAUCACAUCACGCUGAACAGUGACAAGACCACCAAGGCGAUGUUACGCAUCUUCUUGGGUCCAAAAUGCGACGAGUUCGGCCGUGAGCUUAACUUCGAGCAUACCUACAUCAACUACGUGCAAUUAGACGAAUGGGUAGCCGACCUGAAGACCGGAAGCAACACCAUCGACAGAAGCAGCCACGAUUCGCAAUUCGUCGUGCCAGAUGAAGUUCCCAGUGACGUGUUCUACAAGAAGAUUGUGUCAGCCAUUGAGGGUACCGAGACCAUUAAGUACUCUACACAGCCUUACGGUUUGCCUGAGAGACUUCUGCUACCAAAGGGUAAGAAGGAGGGUAUGCAGUACAAAUUAUUGGUAGUGGUCUCGCCAAUCGAAGAGUCCACCACCACAUCCAUGUACGGAGAGUCUCCCAUAUGGGGCCGUUUCACCCACGACGGACGGGCCAUGGGCUUCCCUCUGGACAGACCAGUCAAUAAUCAACAAUUUGACGUCCCUAACAUACACACCUCAGAUGUGAUGAUUUAUCACAAGGCGAUGAGAGAUUUGAACAUUCCUCUUUGA